GAACUUUGGCUGCCAAACAUCAGUUCACAGCCGUUCCCGCAGCGAAACGGACGCACAGAAUUCGCGAGUUCUAGUCAAUCCACAACCGCCCCACAAUGGGACUGCGUAAUUCCAAGUCGAAAAAAAGCUAUGAGGUAGCUUCCGCCGGUGACCAGAAUCAGAAAAAGGCCUCCAUAAUAAGUUCUGGCUCAUCAAAAGCGAAAACUGAGGGGUCAACCACUACGGCUGACCCACCACGGGUCAGUCCCAGCCCUGCAAUUGAGGAGCCCAAUUUGGGGCCAGAUUGGUUGAGUCAAACGCAAUUCGAGGAAUUACUCACCGCCAAUUUGGAGCAGUUCUCCAAGAUAGUGGGCUUCCGGGUGAAGCCCGCCAUGGCGCCCGGCGAGAACUAUGCCACGCUCAUGCUAAGGAUCAGCAUAGAUGUGGAGCUCACUGACAAGAGCACCAAACAGGUCUGCUUCAUGAUGAAGGUUCCGCACAACACCCCGCAAAUGGAACAGAUGUUGGCCAUGGCCAACUUCUUUAACAGCGAGAACGAAGUAUACUCGGAUAUACUGCCCAAACUGGAGGAACUUUACAAGGCCAAGGGGCUGGACAUUACCUUUGCUCCAAAAGCCUUCAAACUGGAUGCCGAAAAGGAGCCCAAGUUGGCCAACACCGUGCUGAUGAAUGACCUGAGUCGGGAUGGUUUCAAGAACCUCAAUCGCCUGGAGUGCCUCAACUUGGAGCAAACGAAGUUCGCACUGAAGAAACUGGCCCAGUUCCAUGCAGCAUCUGCGGUGAAUGUGCAGGUGAAUGGACCCUAUGCAGAUCGAUUCGUUAGUGGAGCUAUGGGUGGAAACAUGGAGGUCCUAAUGGCCUUCUACGAAGGAAUGAUUGCCUCCUUCCGCACGGCUUUCAUGGCCAAUUUGAAGAACUUCAAGAACGGAGAAGAGUUUCGCGAGAAACUGGAAAUUGCGUUUGCUCAGGUUUUCUUGGACUUUGAGCACCUAAUGAAGCCGGAUCCCGAAGAGUUGAACGUACUGAACCAUGGAGAUUGCUGGAUGAACAAUCUCCUGUUCAAGGUUGACUCAAAGGGCGAAGUGGAGGACAUGCUGUUCGUCGACUUCCAGAACCCCAAAUACGGCUCACCCACGCAGGACCUGUUCUACUUUAUCAUUACCUCGGUGCACAUCGACUACAAGCUGGACUACUUUGAGUUCUUCAUCAGGCAUUACCAUGAGCAGUUGACCAAGCACCUCGACCUACUGGGUUUCAACGGAAAGCAGCCAUCUCUCCGGGAACUGCACUUGCUGAUGUACAAAUAUGGAAGCUGGGCGUUGUUCCCCUCGAUCAGCGUGCUGCCAGUGGUGCUCCUGGAUCCCAACGAGUCGGCCACUUUUGAAAAUUUCCUGGGAGACACCGAGUCGAGCGCCAAGUUUAAGAACCUUCUGUACGGCAACAAACGCUAUCACGGCUACAUCGAAAAGUUGCUGCCCUGGCUGGACAAUAAGGGAUUCCUGGAAGCCUACUUUCCACCAACGAUCGCAUCGGAGCCAUCCGAAGAUGCCAACCAAAUAUUGAACUGGCUAAAUGUGAGUGACUUUGCGGAAGUCAUUUCAUCCGCCGAACCCGAGUUCGCAAAGAUUGUGGGCGGAUCCUGGUCCUCGGCAACCAAGCCAGGUGACAACUUUGCUUCCAAGCUGCUGAAGGUUGAUAUCGAGACCCAACUGAAAGAUAACACUGCCAAGACGUUCUCCUACAUCCUGAAAGUGCUGCCGAAGUCCACGCCCGACAACUUUACCGACGUCAAUAUGUUUCCCAAGGAAAUGGAAAUGUACAGGAAAUAUGUACCCGCCUUUGAGCAGCUCUAUAAGGAUGCAGGCUUGACGGUCACCUUCAGUGCCAACUCCUUCGUCCUCAAUAAGCCAGUCAAUGAGGAAUAUCUGCUUAUGGAAAAUCUGCAGACCAAAGGCUUCAAAAUGGGCGAUCGAAUGAAGGGUUUGGACAUGGAGCACACAAAGAGUUCGCUGAAGAAACUGGCCCAAUGGCAUGCGGCUUCCAUCAAGUACAAGGAGCUAAAUGGUCCAUACCCGCCGCUGUAUAACGAUGGAAUCUAUAUUGAACAGACGAGAGACACUUUCCACAACAUGUUCGCCUCGGCCAAGGACGCUUAUACUCGGAUAUUCGCCACGUUUGAAGGCGCUGAUGAAUAUGUGCCCAAACUGGGAUGGAUUGUGGAGAAUCAUGUAGACCAGGUUUUGGCCGAUGCCCAGAUCAAUGAGCAGGAGUUCAAUGUGCUCAAUCAUGGUGAUGCCUGGAUAAACAACAUCAUGUUCCAAUACGACGCGGAGGGUCGACUCAAGGAAACCUACUUGCUGGAUCACCAGAAUGCGAAAUACGGCAAUCCGGCCCAGGAUCUUUACUACUUCCUAAUGAGCUCGGCGGAGCUGGACAUCAAGGUCGAUCAGUUUGACCCACUGAUCAGAUGGUACCACGAAAACCUAGUGGAGCACACAAGUUUGUUGAAAUACAACGGAUUUGUGCCCUCACUAAGUGAACUGCACUCCAUAUUGAUAGAGCAUCCGGCUUUCGCUAUUGGCACAGUCAUCAGUACCCUAACUAUUUGCCUCACCGAUGAAGGCUUCAACCCAGAAAUAUUCUUUGUCGAGACUCCGGAAUCCGAAGUCUUUCGAUUGAAACUUUUGGGCAACGAGCGUUACAAGGCCCAUAUUGAGAAGAUUUUGCCUUGGCUCAACAGGAGGGGUCUUCUCGACCCUUAAAGGAGUUAUCACUGUGUUAUAAUGAAGCAUUAUUAAAUUGUUGACAUUGUUUAAAAAUUACUUUAUGGAAAAGAUACAAAUAAAUGUAUUU